UGUGAUAGAAAAGCGGUAGAAAAUGAAUGAAUGAAUAAAGUGACUCUUGGACAGGGCUGUGUCCCAAAUGGUGCUUUAUUCCCUAAAGGCUGUAAACAAGUGCACAGAGUGCAAUAACUACUAUUUCGAGUAGAUAAUGAAAUAUGUUUCGUUUUCAGUUCCAGGAAACGAGAAGAGACACGAAAUAAAACGAAAACGAAAGUUUCCAGUAGUGUUACAGAGAACAGCUGCUGAGAAGGAGCUCUAAAGGAACAUAAGGAGGAAAAAAAGAUGUCGAUCUCUUUCCAUGGUUGGGAAGUGCACUACGAUGAGGGCCACCACCUCAGAGCAGAACAAGAGCCUAAAUCUGGCAAGUAUUACACUAUGUACCAUGGCACCAAGCUCCAAGAUGCACGGAGUAUCAUCCAAAAUGGCUUCCGUCAGUCCUCAGACGGAAUGUUGGGUCCCGGCGUUUACGUGAGCCGCAACCAGAAGAAAGCAGAACGCUACCCACUGAAAUGCACCUUCACUGAACGUGUGGUCCUGAAGCUGAAUGUCGACUGUGGAAAAAUCAAGAAAAUCGACAGCGACAACCACCCUAUGCAAAAGAGCUGGCACGCUAACGGCUACGACACGGCCUGGGUGCCACCCCACUGCGGAAUGAAGGCUGUUCCCAGCGGCAUGGAGGAAGACUGCGUGUGGGACCCCAAACGCAUCAAAGUGAUCGAUAUUGUGUUAGCUCCCAACAGUACGGUUCUGAAUGAACUCAAGCAAUUAGUUACGAAUCAAUCUCCACAAGCUUCCGCCUCAUCCAACCCUCAAGUGUGCCAGCUGUGCAAAUUGAAAAUAGUACCAGGGCAUACUGUUCAGCCCUGCUGGGGCUGUGAGGAAACCAUCUGCACACUGAUGCCCAAACACAAGUGCAAUCACCGGGGAUAAGAAGCUGUUCCUGAAACAGGGUGUGAUGAUAAAACAAAAUGGUGGUACACAAUGACAGGGGUACAUUCUGAUAUCACGAUUCAUUUAUUCGUCCAUCUUCAAUAAGUACCGUAUCACGGUCAGUGUCUCAGUGGAUCUGUCACAAAUCCCAGGAACACUGACCGAUAUUUGACCAGUCCUUCGCUGCGAAUACAGUUAUUAUUAAAGAAACACAACACUCUGGUCAAAAUGCCAUUCAAACAACUUUUCCUUGACCCCGAAGGGAAAUGACACCAUGGUGCCUUAAAUGUUCCACUGGUACAAAGCAAAUGUAACUAACAAAUAAGGGAAGUAUAAUUUAAGCCAGAAUUUUUGCAUCAUGCAAACUACAUGCAUCAGCAGGCGAAUCGCAGGAGAACAUGGUAGGCUGGCAAGUUGGCGGAGAAGUAUCUUUAAUUUAGUUCUGCUUAUGUUAAUUUCAGCUUAAGACUUCAACAUUCCGCCUGCGCCAUAGAGCAAAUUAAUUAAUGCUCACUCUAUGCUCAACACGUUGAAAGUCUUCUUAUAAAUAGUACCUAUACAAAUCAAAUCGGAACUAUAAAUCGUUUUACUUCUAACAUACAAUUCUGUCCGUAAACAAGCCACGAUUCCCGAACCCCAUGGGAUUCCCGAACCCCAUCUCUAUGUCUCAUUCAGCUCCCCAGUUCAGUAGUCAGGGUGCUGAUCAGGUAGGCAAACAUUUUAAGGCUCAACGCAAAAAUACUUCCAGUGCAAUCGAACGUUUGCUUCUAUAAAAAUCCCACAAUGCACUGCGAAAAACAGGAUAAUAGCUUUUAGAUUACAGAUGUCGCAAUAAAAAAGUAAGCUACUAAAAAUAGAUGAUUCAGCUUCCCCUUUUUUUGUUAGCAACGUUUGCUAAUGUAAAGGAACUUUGGGAACCAAACACACUUGGGGAAAUUUGUGGAUUCUUUAAAUUCUUUCUAACUAGAUAUUUGAAUACUGCCAAACACUAUAGUCUGUUAAAAAUAUGAAGUGGAUGUGGUGCUAUGCUGAAAACUGUCUGACUUUUGGGUUCUACUAUUGGGUUGUUUUACAUGGGAGUUCAUUACCUGUCAGACGUCAUCGAACGUGAAACGUCUAACGUCUGAAUCGCAAAUCUUCUCGCUUCCGUAAAUCUGUCACUUGACUCGCAACUCGAUCAUCUGUUCCAUACUGUUUUAGCUCCGUUCACUCUUUUUAUAGUACAGUAUAAUCGUUUGGAGUCUUCGGAUUUACUGGACGACGUUUGCCAUAUUUGAACACAUCACACAUUACAAACCGUUUAGAAAAGCCAACGGAAACCCUCAAAGCACAGAGAGAACUUUACAUCACUUGGAAAACUUUACACGCGGGACGAAGACGAAUCGAACUGCCAACCCCGGAGGUGCGAGACAAACGUGAACCUCUACACCACUUUACCAUCCUCCCACUCUCGUGUUUUGCAAGUGGCAUAACUACAGCAAACUUGGCACCAACUGCCUAAGGAGUCAAAUUUACAUUCAAAUCAUGAAUCAAAAACGGAUUUGCGAUUCAUCACAUUAUGAUCUCAGCCUUUCCACUGUGCAAUAUUUGUGUUUUUUUGUCAAAGAUACAAGGAAACAACUCAGGUUCAUUAAACAGCACAAGCUCUAUCGCAUAUUAGCUGUUAGAACCCAGAAUUGGACCCAGAAUUGUCUCUCGGCCCAGAAUUGGACCCAUGCUGAGUUCUAUGCAACUUUAUUUACUUGUACUGGUUAUCUUUGGGUGAAGAUGAAUUUACGAUGACUUGUACACUUUAUCAUGUUUUUUUUUUGAGGGAUUUUCCUUUCUCUACUGUCUUGUUAUAUUUUGCCAUGAAUUAGUGAUAAUCCUCUAAUCUUAUAUUCGACAAUCUUUAUCGUCUCGACAAUCUUUUCCGUCUUGAUUGUUAAAUGGAAUGGAUUUUACCCCGUUCAGGAAAUAAAUGUUAUGAGAUAAAUGCUUA